AUGGUUGCCUCUAAGCAGCUGGUUGUUCAGUAUGUCUCCACUAUUGAUCAGCUCGCUGACAUCAUGACAAAAGGAUUGCCACAUCAACGCUUUAAUCUUCUUCGAUCCAAGUCACCGUCGGAUACCCGCCGCUGGGCUUGCGGGGGCCUGAUAGAGAUAUUACUCACUGUAUUGCGAUACAUAAUAACAAUACUCCUGGGCCAGCUGUAUCUAGCUCUCGUUCAGUCACUUAGUUUGAUUAAAGUUUUCCCACCAGUCCCAUCAUCUCCUGUGACGAGGAGGAGGUGGAAAUGUGGUGAAAAGAUUUUGCCACUUAAGUAUUGUGCCUCGGAACUUAGGAGUGCUGGUGUCAAGUUUCAGAAGGAGGAGAUGUCGUCUGAUCACUCUCCUCCAAAAAAGACAUCUUUAUUUGACAUAACCUUCGACAUGGAGAAGGGAAUAGUGACAAUCCCAACUAUCAUGAUCGACGACAGUACAGAAAUCAUCCUUAGAAAUCUUAUUUCCUUUGAGCAAGGCCAAAACUACUGUACUAAAUAUUUCACAGCCUAUGCAUACUUCAUGAGUGGCCUCAUUGACACUCCUAGUGAUGUCAAAUUACUAGAGCAGAAGGGAAUUAUAACAAACCACCUUUGCAACACAGAAGAUAUAGUGACCUUAUUUGGAAACAUUGGCAAAUAUGUUACCCUGGAUGCUCGAUAUCCUUAUUUCUAUGGUGUUAUCAAGGAUUUGGAGGACUAUCACAAUAAAUCAUGGAAUAAAUCAAAGGCGAGUUUGAUGCAGAAGUAUUUCAACACGCCAUGGGCAUCGAUUUCAGUAGGUGCUGCAGCGUUACUCCUCAUCUUCACCAUUAUACAGACUAUUUGUUCCAUCUUACAAGUCAAACCUUGA